CGCUCCUGCCGCCGCUGCUGCUGCUGCCUCUCCUUCUCUCCUUUGCCCUCCUCUUGCAUUUCUUCCACUCUCUUCUCCUUCUUCCUGUCUCUCAGGGAGUGUCUGAGUCUGUUGUCGCCCCUGGGUUUUGGUUCCUGUCUCUUUCUACUCUCUCCGAUAAAAGUGAGAGCGCUGGACCGCUGAGAGAAGAAGGGUGUCGUUGUCAUCAUUCCGUGGAAGGAAGAAGCUUUCGAGACGACUUUGAUCGGGGGCCGAGCUGGACUGAAAGCUGGCUAGCUGCUGCAGCUGCUGCCGCAUCAGAACUUCGAGGAAUUUUGUUGUUGAGGUUUGACUGGAGUAACUGACUGACUGGCGGGUGGGCGAGAAGGGAGAGUGAGAUAGCAGACGGUGAAAUUGGAUGGAUGAGCACUAGGGAGGAGAGUCAUGGUGGUGCUGGAGGCCGGGAGUGGGGGAUCGGAGAACGAGAUGGGGCGUUGGCUUGUUGUUGGAGCGAAGCAUUGGAGAGGGGAGUGGAGGUGGGCAAGAGAGGCGUGUGAGUAGUGGACGACGGGCGAGACUAGUUGCUCGGACGGAGGUCGGUUUUGUACGAGAGAGAAUUGAGUCGAGAGCUGCGGCGAAAGAGAAGCCGGUGUAGUGCAAGACUGCCGCUUCAAGAUGGGCAACCAAAUAGCUUGCAUGGCGAAAGGCAUGACCACGAAGAAGGGAGGGAAGAAGACUAAUAAUAAUAGUCAUCAUCGGGGGAAAAUCAAAGGCGUAAGGAAGGGAUCGCUGGAAGAAGAGGUGAUCCAGCAACAGGCUCUGGCACUAGCUCUGCAGCAGCACCAAAAGGCUCAGAUGCGGCUCGAGCGCACCAUGUCGCAGCGCAUGGCUCCAGGACCGCUUCCUCCGAGCAGUGGCAAGCUGCCGCGCAGUGCUAGUACUCGAGCUCGUUCCAUCACCGAUCCUGUCGUCCAUCCUCAGCAGCUAAUCAACGGAGCUUUGGACGAAAAGGUCUUACAGAGCCUAGAAACCAAGCAUUUCGUGCUGGUCCAUGGAGGGGGUCACGGUGCAUGGUGUUGGUACAAGACAAUUGCACUUCUGGAAGAAGCUGGUUUCACUGCAUCUGCAAUCGACCUGACUGGAUCUGGACGCGAUUACACAGAUCCGAACACAAUUACGAGUUUAGCGCAUUACGUCAAGCCCCUCUUCGAAUUUUUGGAAAAUCUGAGUGAAAAUGACAAGGUAAUCUUAGUGGGACACAAUGUGGGCGGAGCUUGCAUAUCGUACGCCAUGGAACAGCAUCCCAAAAAAAUUGCCAAAGCCAUUUUUGUAGCUGCAGCCAUGGUUAUCAACGGACAAAGAGCAUUUGACGUUUUUGCUUCACAGCCGGGAUCUGGAGAUGACUUGCUACAGAAAGCUCAAUCCUUUAUUUAUGCGAAUGGGAAUACAAGCGCUCCAACAGCUUUAGAAGUAGACAAAAAUCUCAUCAGAGACGUCUUUUACAACGCGAGUCCCGCAAAGGAUAUAGCACUGGCGACUGUGUCAAUUCGACCGGUGCCAUUUGCCCCUUUGAUGGAGAAGCUGACUCUUACUAGUGAAAAUUAUGGGAGUGUGCGACGAUUCUUCAUAGGGACAACGGAAGACAACGCGUUACCUGGAGCAAACCAGGAAGCUGUUUUGCAGUCUAAUCCUCCGGAGAAGUCCUUCAAAGUAAAGGGCAGUGACCAUGCGCCAUUCUUCUCUAAACCACAAGCCUUUCACAAAAUACUAGUAGAAAUUGCCAUGCUUGGAGCGAAAAGCUGAGACGAUCUGAGACAUUUCAUGCUUUGCUUAAAGAGUCGCGUGUCGGCACUUUGGGUGAGCAGCAUGUAUACGGCAGCUAAGGGACCCAGAUAGUAGAACGUCAGAGGACCUGAAGAAGGUCCCAUUUAUGAUUGAGCCCACAAAUUUCAUCCUUCCCUAGACUGGGCAAGACUACACAUUCUCUAGCUCUUCAUUUCUGGCCCUUUAUCGGAGAUUGUUCAUGGCCACAAAAGUUGGCGUGUAAUUUACGUUACAGAUAUCUACAACCCUUGAUGUACAGCCAUCAGACAUGGACAGAAGUCUGCAGAAGUCUUCUAGAGCCUUCAGAUCCGUUUUUGAAACUGGUCGUGCGAGGACCUACUGUUGUGCCAAGAGGGAAUACGCAGAUGAAAGGAUCGCUGCAGAAGUUUUUUAUCUGAGUUUGUGGUUUGACAUCUGAAUCGCAGAAAGGUCUCCCGUUGAAUCCAAACCAGUAGCUUAAGUUAGGUGUCGGACAUCUCAGAUGGGUUUUAUAACUGUAGGAAGUCUUGCACCACAGACUUCUGUAGCCGACUUUGGACUGUAAUCUCUAGAGGAAAAUUGCAGUAUUUGCUUGCCACGGUCGUUUCCCAUCAUUAUGUUCUUGACUCGGACAAUCAUUCCAGGAUUCAGCUUGUGCUCAACAGCUGUGCAUGUAGUUGAAGAGUACUGUCGAGACCCGACAGAAACUGGUGUGUUGUAAGUGAGCACUACUUUCGAAGAUUUUUCCGAACUGAAAUUUAUUUCCUCACGCUGAAGUCUUUAGUAAAGAAGAAUUUUGAUCC